AUGUUAUUCUUAAAAGAUAUAACGACGCCUAGAGACACAGAAGGAAAUGUUUCCGAAGAAGACCAGUCAGAAGUCGAAGAAAAUAAUGAACAUAUGCAAAGUCCCACAAGUCCUUCUUUUGUAGCUGACACCGAAACAGAUGAUGCCAGUGUUCCAAGUGUUUUGUCAGUAUUGGCUUCUAAUAUUUCAAAUGAAUCAGAUGUCUUAGCUUCAGCUACACAAGAAGUUUCUUCAAAAAAAAGGAGGAAAAAGCAGGAGAACAUAAGUUUUGAAAAUUAA